AUGACACAAGAAGAUGUCAUCUCACUCGCUAGUGAUCAUAAUAAUGCCCAAAGUGCACAUUUAGUACCCAAAGAUGGCGGUCAAAAGAAAAGUUACUCAAAUUUGACUCAAAUAUGGUACACAUUUACAUCAACCAUUUGCACAAUAUCAUUCUUAUCAGUACUGAUGGUGCUAGCUCUUACAAGUCGACUUAAAUGGUGGCUAUCAAAUAGAAAUCGCUCAGAUGCCGAGCAUGUAUAUCAUUCAACACAAGAACUUAAACUGGUUCCAGAUCUCAAUUAUUAUUAUCAAUUUUUGGACCUUGACAUUAAGCGCUAUGAGAUUCUUACAAAAGAUGGGUUUGUAUUGAACAUGAAUAGAAUUAUAAACCCUAAAGAAUCUGUUGAUGAAAGGAAGAGAAGAAAACCCAUUUUAUUGCUCCAUGGACUUUUACAAUCGUCUGGUUCAUUCUGUUCAGGAGGCAAACAAUCUUUGGGUUAUUAUUUAUUUGAAAAUGGUUAUGAUGUUUGGCUAGGGAACAAUAGAUGUGGAUUUGAACCCAGACAUACAUUUUUAGAUCCGAAUGAUUUUAAAAUGUGGGAUUGGGAUAUCGUGGAUAUGGCUCAGUAUGAUCUACCAGCCAUGAUAGACCAUGUCCUUGCAAAUUGUGAUUCUCCAGCUACAAAUUUAUCUUUAAUUUGCCAUUCACAAGGUACAACUCAAGGGUUCAUUUCAUUAGAUAGUGAUAGGUUUGGGAUUUCAAAAAAAAUUAACAGUUUUAUUGCAUUGUCACCAGCUGUAUAUGGUGGAUCUUUAUUAGAGGAGAAAAGUUUCAUAAAGAUUAUUGCACAAAUGUCACUAAAGAACUAUUUCUUUGGAAUUAAAUCAUUUUUACCUAUAAUGAUGAAAAUGAGAAAUUUGCUUGUAUCAACCAAAUUAUUUGGAUUUUUGAGUUAUAUCAUGUUUAACUAUUUGUUCGACUGGACAGAUGAAUUAUGGGAUAAUGAUAUAAAGUAUCGACAUUUCUUAUUUUCACCCGUAUAUGUCAGUGUUAAACUUAUGUCGUGGUGGUUGAAUGAUAAGAAUGGGUUCAAGUCAUCAAAGGCUAUUCUUGAACAUAAUAAACAGUGGUUUGAUUCUAAUACCCCUGCAAUAUUUCUGGUGGUACCCUUGAAAGAUAAACUAGUGGAUGGUGCAAUGCUAGUGAAACACAUGAUAGAAAUAGAAAGUACGAACAAGUUUGAUCUCAUUUACUUGGAAAAAUACUCCCAUCUUGAUGUUUUAUGGUCAAAAACAGUAAUUGAUGAUAUAGGUGUUCCAAUUUUGAGCUUUCUCAAGAAGUUAAACAACUAG